AUGACUGACACAACUGCGGUGCUGAAGGGAGUCCGCGAGAAUAUUCGAAGGGAGCUCUUCGAAAGCGUGCUGCCGUUCUGGGACCGGCACAGCGUAGACCCGGAACUGGGCGGCUUCUUCGCCUGCCUGGACAAGGAUGGUGAGCGUUACGAUGACCGCAAGUUCAUGUGGCUCAACGGCCGCCAAGUGUAUAUGUACGCUGCCAUGGCUCUGUCCUUCAGCCAGCAGCAGUUGGAGGACCUCAGUGGGGGCAGGUUGGACCGUGCCAAGCUGAUCAAGGACGCCACAGCUGCCGCUGACUUCAUGUACUCCCAUGGAGUGCGGGAAAGCGAUGGCCAGGUGUAUUUCUCUUUGACCCGUCAUGGGCAGCCCUACCACAUGGAGCGCAAGAUCUUUUCGGCGGCUUUCUUGUGCCUCGGGCUGGGCGUACUGUCAGCAGCACUGCGGGCAGACGGGUGCUCUGCAAAAGCGGGCGAGCUCGAAGACAGGUGCGUGGUCCUUUUGAAGCGCAUUGUGAGCUGGAGCCACGACCCGAGCCCCCUGGGCAAAGAGGCCUGUGCGGGUGCUCCAAAGACGAGCCCCUUGAAUGUGCCCAUGAUCCUCCUCAACGUUCUGGAUGAGUUGCAGCGCUGCGGUGCGCUCUCGCCGUCGACUGGGGUCGGUUUCGACGUUGCGGCGGAAGAGGCUUGGUGUGUGGAAGAGAUUUUGAAGCACGUCCGCUUUGAGGAGAAGAAGGUUCUUGAGGCGGUCUUGGCAGAUGGAUCCCCUUGCCCGGGCUAUGAUGGCCGUCACAUGAUACCCGGGCACGCCAUCGAGGCCGGCUGGUUUCUGUUACGCUACGCGGAGCGCACGGGCGAGGACUCGCUGGUGCAAACGGCGGAGCACAUGAUCUCCUGGUCUUUCGAAGAAGGCUGGGACCCGAAGCAUGGAGGCCUCUUCUACUUCCUGGACGCGGAGGGCCGUUCGCCCGUGUACCUCGAGUGGGAUAUGAAGCUAUGGUGGCCACACAAUGAGGCGAUGAUCGCCUACGCCCUACUCUACGAGCGAUCGCGGCAGGACGCUCACCUGCAGAAAUUCGUGCAGGUGGGAGACUGGGCUCUGCGACACUUCAGCGAUGCCGCUGGUGGGGGCGAGUGGUAUGGAUACCUCAGCCGAGAGGGGCGCGUGACGCACCGCUUCAAGGGAGGGCCUUUCAAAGGCUGCUUCCACGUGCCUCGCUGCCUUCUGAUGGUCUACCAAAUCCUAGGCAGGUGCCUGGAGCCUACCCCGCAACCCCCUUAA